AUGGAAACCAAAAAACUUAUUGGUAAACCACUUCAACCUGCAAGGCCUGUUCGUCAUCUGACUUCUUCCCCUGGAGCAGUGUUUCCUUUCAACUUUCAAGAUGAAUAUCCAUGUGAUACCCAGUGCUUGCAAAGUGGAGUUAGCAGAUGUAAGACGAAUGGCAUGCAGUCCUUUACUCAAGGUCUCAAUGAGCAACAGCAACAUCAGUCUCCAGUUAAAAAAGAGAGAAUUAAAUAUAGCAGAGAUUUCUUGUUGAAGCUCUCAAGUGUUUCCAUCUGCAGAAGGAAACCAGACUUUCUGCCUGAUCAUCCCAUUGUACUCCAAAAGCCAUUGAAAAAACAGGAAAAAUGUUACAGCAUAGCAAAACAGCAGCAAAUACCGAGACCAAUGAACUUUGAAAAUUGA